AUGAAGCAAAAGAUGUAUAGCUGGGACGAGUGCAUGAAGCUGCGGGAAAUCCAAUCCCUCAGGCAGCUCAUUCACCCCAAUAUUGUCAAACUGAAAGAAGUGAUCAGAGAAAAUGACGAGCUCCACAUGGUUUUUGAGAUGAUGGAGGCCAACCUGUACGAGUUCAUGAAAUCCCGGGUGCGAUCGUUGCCAGAGUCGAAGAUCCGAAACAUAAUGUUUCAGACCAUGCAGGGAUUGCACUUCGUGCAUAAAACUGGAUACUUCCACAGGGAUAUGAAGCCAGAGAAUGUUUUGAUUUCCGGCGACACGGUGAAGCUGGCCGAUUUCGGGCUGGCACGGCAAAUUCGAGCUCGCCCACCGUUCACAGACUAUGUCUCGACACGAUGGUACCGAGCUCCAGAGGUUUUGUUGCGAAGUUCUACCUACAACUCGCCGAUUGAUCUUUGGGCGUGCGGCGGCAUCAUGGCAGAACUGUACACGCUACGACCCUUGUUCCCGGGGUCAUCAGAAUCAGACGAGCUCUACAAGAUAUGCUCGGUUCUUGGGACACCAACGGCAGCGAGUUGGCCAGAUGGCUUCAAGCUUGCAUCGCAGAUAAACUAUCGAUUCCCACAGUUCGUCCCUACGAAGCUCGAGACUUUGGUGCCUCAGUCCAAUUCUGAUGGCAUUAACAUCAUGCUGGCCAUGAUGAGUUGGGAUCCUGCAAAAAGACCUUCGACUGCUCAAGUCUUGAAACAUCCCUAUUUCGAAGUAGCGCUGAAUGAGUCCCAGCAGACUCCUGCCAGUCAGCUUCCCCAUCUGCCAGCGGGCGGUUCACAGGAGCCAGCCAUGCCAGCUCGCGCCCCGAUGCCUUCUUCGAAGCCUCCGGCACCACUUGCCGCGGCACAGGUUGGCCAAGUGACCUCCAAUGGCUUUGCCGGCACGCGAGGAAGUUGGAAAGGAGAGGGCAGCCAUCCCAGCACAGGCAGACACUCCGGCAAGGAGAACGCGAAUGGCUCCAAGGGCUUUAACUUGCCACCCCUGAGGGGUGAAGGCCACAGCUCCAGCGCGAAGAAAAGCCCUGGCGCCCGCUAUUUGAAGAUGGCACGCUACCAGCCAGGCAUGCAGCAACCGCUGGUGCCGCCGCAGUUGCCCGCACCACAUGGCGGCAUUGGGGCGGCACUUCCACCGAUCAUGCGCAAAGAUCCUGCGUUGCCGGAAAACGGCGGCAAGCAGAGUUAUUUUGGGGCACAUGCUGCCCGAAUGCUCGGAUGA